UAAUUAUUUUUCAAGGUGUCUGGAUAUUUUUGGCAGAUGUGAAUAUACGGAAUUAUGGCCUUGGAACAGCAUGGAUAUCUAUUAUAAAUGUAUAAACAAGAAAUUUAGGUUAGAAGUUGGACUUCCAAAGGAAGAGAAGAUUUCCGAGAAUGGCUUCUACGAAGUAUGCGAAAGGAGCGCGGCUUCCACUUUUGAAAGAAAAUAA